AAACCCCGCGGAUGCGCGCAGGCGUGCCAAAUGGACUGUCAGAUGCGAUUGGGAGUAACAAGUGGAUUUGACGUUUAGGUUUGUUCUUCAUCGCGCCUGGAAACACUCUCGAUUAGCGUUUAAGACCAUGGACUCAGAUACAAGCCGCGUGUCAAGCAGACCGUCCUCUCCCGAGGUGGAUGACAUCUUCAUGUCUACUUUGAAGAAGUCUGUGCACGGCUUCUCCGGCGCUGUGUCCUCCACCCAGAGUGACUCUCCGUCAGAGAUCCCCGGUCUGCGUGGCCUCUCCGCCGCCGACGAGGAGUCUCUGGCCCUCCGGAUGGCGUCCAAAAAAGACCGUAAACUUCUCUCAGAGAACGAGCUGCAGGCGAUUCGCCUCAAGAUCAACAGCCGUGAGAGGAAAAGGAUGCACGACCUCAAUGUGGCCAUGGACGGGCUGCGGGAGGUCAUGCCCUAUGCGCACGGACCAUCGGUGCGUAAACUCUCCAAAAUCGCCACCCUGCUGCUGGCGAGAAACUACAUCCUGAUGUUGAGCAAUUCACUGGAGGAGAUGAAGCGGCUGGUAAGCGAAAUCUACGGCAGUAGCGGACACCACGGUGGCUUCCACCCGUCAGCAUGUGGGACUAUGACACACGCGGGGCCCGUGCCGGGACACCCAGCGGCUUCACACGCCUCUCACCCCGGGGUGCACCACCCUCUCCUCCCAUCGGCGGCUGUCUCCACUGCCUCUCUUUCCGCGCCUGGCAUCUCGGCCGUCACCUCAGUCAGACCCCAUCACGGACUUCUCAAAGCGCCCACUGCCAGUGCGGGGCCUCUAGGCAGCAGUUUCCAGCACUGGGGCGUUGGCACCGGCAUGCCCUGUCCGUGUAGCAUGUGCCAAGUCCCGCCUCCGCAUGUGUCCAGCAUGAGCACCGUCACCAUGCCGAGGCUGGCCAGCGACUCUAAGUGACUCCAGGGAAAGCUGAACUUUUUCCGGGAGGUGUUAAAGACUUUCUCCCCACUUUAUCGCGCUUUUAUUUAUCUUUGUUGCUAAAUCCGUUGCGUCAACGGAGGCAUUUAAGACCAAUGCAUUGAUUUUCUUCACUGGGACUUUAGUGUUUUGAAACUAACUCGGUGUUUUCAUGCUAAUUAACCUCUAUUUUAACAGGGCUUUCGUCACAGAGCUCCUGCAACACAU